UUAAGGAGGAAAACGAAAGAAUCGUCGCUUGGCAACAGAGUAACUUAUUUUUAUUAAUGCAAAGGUUAUUUUAACAAAAUUACCCCUGUUUAUUCUGAAAAUGAAACUGGAAACAGAACUCGAAGAAAUACAGACUAUUCCUAAAAUUAUUCAGCCCAGAGAACACAAGGCAAAAAUCUGUGUUUGGGCUGAUCUCACAAUUGAUGAUAUAGACCGUGUAAAUGAAUCACAGCAUGCAGACCUCAUUAAACAAGUUCUUGCAGACAUCUUUCACCUAGAUGACUAUCAAAACAAUCUGAAGAAUGGUGUAAUGAUGGACCUCUACUACUACACCCUACAGUUUGCCCGCGACAGCGGCUUCAAUAGAGAGAAGACGUCAGUGUUCUUUUCCAUCAUUAAAAAGACACAUGAAGUCUGCAUUGAAACACCAUUUGGAAAUCUAGAUCACACUUUCAACUAUUUCAAGGCCCUUCUUUUGUGCCAUGCUGUGAAUAGACCUCCACACAGCAUUGAACUCUUCAAUGCCGAUGAGGUUCGGAAGAUUACAGAGUACGCCAUCAAUACGUAUUUCAGACAUUUCAAAAUGUACAAAUAUGUCUUCACACCAUUGGUAAAACUGGAUCUCGCCAUGAACUAUAUUGGGAUGUCCAUGACCCCACCGCCAUCAGAAACUGAUGACCAGGAAGAUCAGGACACCACUCUGGAUGAACAAGUGGACACAACAGCGGGCGAGACAGAUGAUCAGAAAACUGAAGAAACAGAAGAAUCUCCAGCAAAGAAAGAGUUGAGGACUAUGAUUCAGGCGUUCCUAGCAGAGGAAAUCAAGAAGAUGAAACAGAAUGUGGAUGAACAGAUCAAGUCCACAGAAGAGACACUGAGCAAGAAAAUUGAGAGCGUGGAAGGAAAUUCACCUAGGAAAGGUGGUUCUGGGAAGGGAAAGAGAAAAUGACAUGCUGGAUCAUGAUGUGAAAACUAUUUAUAGAAGUCACCAAACACAAUUGUGGUUACAUAUUUAUAUUUUAAUAUAUUGAAUCUGACAAAUAGGUCCAACAUACAUUUUGUAAGUAACAAAGUCAUUGUAUGGUGUGCAAAAUGUUUAUUGAAAAGUAAUUGAAUAAAAUUGUGUACACCUUUUAUACUGCAGGGAAACUGACAAAUUCAACAAACAUUCUUCAGAAAUAACUGAAUAGAAUUGCAGAUAUAUUUACAGGGUUUUAGCAGAUAAAUACGAAUGUGUACAAGUGGCUCACAAUUCUUAUUUCAAAAGAACAAAUUAUCAACUGGUUUCAAAAAUGGAGGAGUCCCAGCCAUUCACAAAAGGAAUUUUUUUUUAACCCAAAAAAAGAAGAAAUACUGGAGAAGAUGAAAGCUCUUUAUUAAAAGUAGUCAAAUAGAAUAGUAGAAACUAAAGGGAAUAUGACAAAUUCCAAAAAAGAUUCUUUGAAGUAACUAAUAAAAUACUGUUCGACAUUUAUAUCAGAGAUGAACUAAUAAAUUCACAAAUAUUUUUUUAAUAUUUUU